AUGGCAUCGCUUCUAUUCCUAGUGAGUAGCUCAUGGCUCCUCUUCUGCUCUCUCUUCCUUACUCCGGUGGCCGCCGAUCAGCGGGCCUCGUACAUUGUCCACAUGGACAAGUCCGCCAUGCCGCCAGCGCACUCCGACCACCGUGAGUGGUACUCCACCGUGCUAGCGUCUCUAACACCAGCAGCUGACUCUUCGGGCGCCGCCAGUCGCGAGCAGCCGCGGCUCGUCUACAUCUACGACGAGGCGCUCCACGGCUUCGCGGCCACCCUCUCGGCCUCCGAGCUCCGCGCCCUGAGCCGCGCGCCGGGCUUCGUCUCGGCCUACCCGGACCGCCGCUCUGACAUCACUCACGACACCACCCACUCCACGGAGUUCCUCCACCUCAGCCCGUUCGGUGGGCUGUGGCCGGCAGCCAAGCUCGGCGAGGACGUCAUUAUCGGCAUGAUCGACACUGGAGUGUGGCCGGAGAGCGCGAGCUUCAACGACGCCGGCAUAGCCCCCGUGCCGUCCAGGUGGCGCGGCACGUGCGAGCCCGGGGUGGCGUUCCCCGCCUCCCUAUGCAACCGGAAGCUCAUCGGAGCGCGCUACUUCAAUAAGGGUUUGGUCGCCGCGAACCCCGGUAUCAAGAUCAGCAUGAACUCCACGCGCGACACCAUAGGCCACGGCACGCACACAUCGUCGACAGCCGGGGGCAGCCCCGUGCCGGGCGCGUCCUUCUUCGGGUACGGGCUCGGCACGGCCCGUGGGGUUGCCCCGCGUGCUCAUGUUGCCAUGUACAAGGUCAUCUGGCAUGAGGGCCGGUAUGCGUCUGACGUGCUAGCCGGCAUGGACGCGGCCAUCGCGGACGGCGUCGAUGUCAUCUCCAUCUCAAUGGGUUUCGAUGGCGUGCCGCUGUACGAGGACCCGGUGGCCAUCGCUGCUUUCGCCGCCAUGGAGCAUGGUAUCCUCGUGUCGGCUUCGGCGGGUAACGACGGCCCACGCCCCGGCAGUUUGCACAACGGCAUCCCAUGGCUGCUCACAGUCGCGGCUGGCACGGUGGACCGGACAAUGUUUUCUGGUACCUUGUCCUAUGGCAACACGACGCUAACCACCAUAACAGGCUUGACGAACUAUCCGGCGAACGCUUGGGUGGUCGGCACGAAGCUGGUGUACGACGACACCAUCUCGGCGUGCAACUCGUCGGCGUCAAUGGCAAACGUAACGAAGAGCAUAGUCGUGUGUCGUGACACCGGGUAUGUCACUGAGCAGCUGGACACCACGAACGAGGCCGGCGUCGCCGGUGCCAUCUUCAUCACGGACGUCAAGACUUUUGAUGACACCAUGCCGCUCCCAGCCAUUUUCAUCAGCUCGAAAGACGCACCAGCGCUGCUGAGCUACAUCAACUCCACCAUGACCCCAACAGCAACAAUGAAGUUCCAGCAGACGAUCCUCGGCACGCGGCCUGCGCCGGUGGUCGCCGUGUACUCUUCUCGAGGCCCGUCCAAGAGUUACCCCGGCGUGCUCAAGCCGGACAUACUAGCGCCGGGGGACAGAAUACUCGCGUCGUGGGCGCCCGUAUCUCCACUGGGGCUGAUCGGCCAGACCUCGCUGGGCAGCGACUUCCUCGUCGCCUCCGGGACGUCCAUGGCGUGCCCGCACGCCAGCGGCGUGGCAGCGUUAUUGCGGGCGGCGUACCCGGACUGGAGCCCCGCCAUGAUCAAGUCGGCGAUGAUGACCACCGCGAGCACCAACGACAACACGCUCCACCCGAUCACCGACGCCGGCGCCGGCUUCGACGGCAACGACAACGCCACCGCGGCUAGCCCGCUGGCCAUGGGUUCCGGCCAAGUCAGCCCCAACUCGGCCAUGGACCCGGGGCUGGUGUACGACGCCGGGCCCAAGGACUUCGUCGAGCUGCUCUGCUCCGCGAACUAUACCAACGCCCAGAUCGCGGCGAUCACGAGGUCGUCGACGGCGUACAACUGCUCCUUCUCGUCCAACGACGUGAACUACCCGUCGUUCGUGGCGAGCUUCGGCUUCAAUGCCACUAGCGGGGAGAUGCGGUUCAGCAGGACGGUGACCAGCGUCGGAUCAGGUCCGGCGACGUACCACGCCUCGUGGGUUUCGCCGAGCAACGUGGCCGUGGCCGUGACGCCGGCGACGCUGGAGUUCAGCGGGGCAGGGCAGAAGAUCUCGUUCGAGGUAGACAUCAAGCUCACCGCGCCUACUCCCGGAGGCAAGGUCGCCUACGGGGCCUUGGUGUGGACCGACACGAGCGGCAAGUACCGCGUGAGGACACCCUACGUUAUCCUUUGA